AUGAUACCUCAAAAACGCAAGACUGCAACCGUCAACUACCACGUCUUCUACAACCUUCCCGAAGACAGUGUGGCUAUCCGCUCAAACGAUAACAUACUGUUCAAGACUAAUCGAGGACGUCUUGUCACAGCCAGUACCUUCUUCUCGGACAUGUUCGACGUUUGUGAUUCAUCCACCUUCACCAACAACGAUGACCAUCCUAUCGAUCUUGAAUUUUCCGCUAAAGUAAUCACAGCUUAUCUCGAUAUCAUCAGUAUUUCGGGAUCACAUCAGCUCGAAGUCGACUAUUACCUACUUAAACAAGUCUACGAGUUAUGCUCAUUCACCAUAUCGACCAGAGCUUUGAAUACCAUACGAAAGAUGCUAGUCAGAUCAGCAGGCUACAAAGAAGUGAAUGAACCUUGGGAUCUUUUCGAUUUCGCUUCUGACUUUAACGAUGUUAAACUCGCUCAAAUGACAUUCAGUCUCCUUACUCCAUCUGCGGUAUCGGAAGUUCUUUGUGGACAACAUAGAGUCCAUACAGAUAUAAAUCCGAAAGACGAACGAGGUAACCUCCUUAUGUGGUCAAAGAGGUUACGACCUUCAUGGCAAAUUGCUUUGUUCCAUACUCUCAUCCAAAGCGAUCGAGCCGUUACCACCAGAAUGUCGAUAGUCAGGAAUUGUCGAUCGUCAAGAGCCGUCGCCUGUCCAGGGAAUAAAGAACAGGUUAUCUUCAUUCAGAAGGACUGGAGAAAAAUGGGAGAUCGAUUCAACCCAGCCGAAUUCGAAUGA